AUGGGCUCCACAGUUGAGCUGCCAUGGGUGGUAGAAAGUUAUCAAAUAUUCCGAGUUCAUUGGUACUGGCAGCCAUCUGUGACCACUACGGCGACUUCCAAUCGUGAUCGUGUUCUUCUCAACCCCCCAGUUCCAAAAGAUGGAGGUGGUAGCGGAGGAGAUAAAAGUGUUCACGUUCGCCCAUGGGGUUCCCGAGUCGAGCUUGUCCAGGGGAUAUUUGGAAAUCUCCGCCUCAUUAAUGUCUCAAUUGAUGAUGCUGGACAGUACUCCUGUGAGGCGUAUUAUCCAUCCCGACUUCCUCCUGUGGUCUAUACGCUCAAAGUCAGAGCCCCAAUUGAAGUGCGAGUUACACCUCACAAAAGGGUUUGCGAUUAUGGAACUCGUGUUGAGUUAGAAUGCCUCGUUUCUGGUUAUCCUCAUCAAGUUAUUUACUGGCUUCACAAUGCCGAACGUUUGAAGAUUACAGCCAACCCCCUGGGAUCUUCAGGAUCUUCCACAUCUCUAUCUGCCAGCCACUAUAGUAUUCAACGUCGUGAAUCUUCCGGUGUUCAGAGUGUGCGUGAACGUCUCAUUAUAAACUCCUUCAGCUUAGAGGAUGCCGGAGUCUAUCAGUGUGUCGCUGAAAGUUCACUUGCAGAUGACCCAACAGCUAAGUCUUCACGACCGUCCAUUGCUGCCUUUACUCCAUCUUCUUCGCCCUCCGCUUCCACACCGAUUGCUUCUAAAGUGGCCGAAAAAAUGGGCACUGGAAUGGUUUCCAUUGGUGAUUUGGUAGACAAUGCUCAAGGCACUGCGCAUCUUGUUAUGGGCAAAAUGAAGCCAAUGCGGACUUUCCAAUCACCAACUCCGUCGGAAUCCUUUACAAGCACAACAUCCACGUCCCAGAUUCUUCUCUCAAAGGCUAGAGGCGAGUUGAAUGCAACAAUCGAAUGCCGUUUCGCGGCAAAUCCACUUCCAACCAUUCGGUGGUUUCGAGAUGACCUUCCAUUGAAUCACGACGGUGAAAUAGUCGAUGAUAAGGGAGUGGUCGUUACAGAGGUUGUGAAAGAUCCUCAACGACCUUACUCCCUCAUAACUCGACUCAAGAUCAACUUAAACCACGUUCCACCUUGGGAUGAAUUAUGGCAGUAUGGAGGGGAGUAUCGGGGUGUUGCCAACACCUCCCUGGGUUCUGCUGAUUGUCGAACCUUUCUCCUACUUGAUACACCCCUACGUCUUCGACCAGUCGAUUCGAGUAAGCCGGCUAUUGCUGGUCGAUAUCAUGAUCUCAAGUGCUACUUUAUUGGAAGUGGUAUACCAAAACUUCAAUGGCAUCGAAUUAAGAAUGAUCAGAGAAUCGAGCGAAUUCCUGUGGAUCAUCGACAUGUUCUCCUGGAGAAUGCUCGAGUUCUUCGAAUUAAGGAGGUUAAUAAAGAAGAGGACGAAGCAGAUUACCGUUGUACGGCUAUGCUCGGUGACAUGACGGAUAACAUUACCAUCACACUCAAAGUUUCACGCGCACCAAGGAUUCAAGAUCUUCCGGAAGUUCAACGUGUCCAGGGUGGGGGCCAGAGCUUGACCUACAGUUGUGCUACUCAGAACCACGCCGACAAACCCUGGUAUGCAUGGUGGCGAUUUCAACCCGAAGAUUCAGAUCAGGCCAUCGACCUACCUCCAGAUGUUCGGCCGAAUCCCGGAGCCUUCAAAGUUUCUUACGCAGCCGUUUUGCAUCAAAGCGAAAGGCUACCAAUGUCCGAGUCUCUGCGACGCCAGUUGCCCCCUUUCGUGCACGCCAGACCAAACUCCGUGGUGCAUGUGCAAAUAGAGCAGUUGAAUAAACGCCAGCAUCAAGGUAUCCUUACCUGCAAGAUUGUCAAUGAAGUUGGCUAUGAUGAGCGACCAAUCCGAGUCACUUUCAUUCCUGAACUUGAAUUCGAGAUUCGUCCACCAAAUAAACAAGACGUGACUCUGGCACAAAAUAUUUCCAUCAAUUGUACAGCUCGACCAUCAGAGCUGGACCCAAUGAUUGUUUGGAAGUACUCGGACGAAAGUACCGGUGAUUUUAAGGAGCUCGACAGUUUGACAGAACGAACAGACGGGCGUAUUUACCAGGAAUCCAACGGAACUCUCGUUAUAUCUCAAGUUGAAGAGUCUGAUCCGAGGAAAUUUCUAUGUUUUCUUACCCCGAAAGAAUCUACUACGGCUGUACCAAUCUCUGUUGCGGUCAACCUAGAAAUUCAUGUUCCUGCUCGAAUUGAACCGCUCAAAGACGUCGAUGCUGUUAGGGGGUCCAAGUUCAAUCUAACCUGCGUAGUACAAGGAGAUGCGAAUGAACUACAAGCCAACUGGUAUCAUCGGCCAAUAAGUGUUGGCGACGGAAUUGAUGCACCAUGGAGAUUAAUCAAUCAGACGUGUGUUCUUCCAGCGAGUUAUGGCGAAGCAGAUAAUGCUGCCCUGGCAAUAGCGUCUUCUGCCUAUCCGGAAAGUGAUACUUUGGCUUGUCAGAAAAGUGCCGCCGGAAAGUUUGACAGUGGGGUUUCCUCUUUGAAACAAAGUGGCCGAGGGAUUGAGCGUCAGUUACAAUUUGACUCCCUUAAGGAUGUGCACUUGGCUGAAUACAUGUGCAAUGCAUCAAACUUCUACAACCGUGACAAAGAGGGUAAUAGAGCUGAUGUUCGGCAGAUUGUUCGAUUGACCGUCAUCUCUAUUCCCGAUCCGGUGACAUUUGUUCAAAACAGUUCCCAGACAACAGCAACAAGCGUCUCGUUCUCAUGGUUACCACCAGCACACGAUGGCAAUAAAGAGAUUCUUCGGUAUUGGAUUCGAUACUAUCAAGCCGAUUCUGCUGCCAGCGAAUUGAAUUCUUCUCAAGCG